CGAAUUGCAGGACGAGAGUAAGCUGGUGUCUCCGGGGCAUGGGAGAAGGAGCUGCGAACAUCUGGCGGACUUUUUGCACAUUGUGUGUGUGUGUGAGUGUGUGAGUUUGUGUAUGGACUCACUCACUAGUCAGUAAGAUUUGCGUAAGAUUUGCGCACUUGAAGUCGUGCCCGCUAGGAGCAGUGCCCGGGAUUGUUUCCUUUAGUGCCCACUCUGAGCUGCUGCUGCUGUUCAUCAUGCAGGACACGGCUUUGGUACAGAUAAGAGCCCUUUAACAGCUGGAUACUGACUGACUGGUAUACUGAGCACUAUCUUAUAAGGGAGCAAUGGCAUCACUUUGUGUCCUGGCAUUCCUCCUCCUCAACCUGCACUUGGCAUCCUUAGGUCCUCUGCUUGAUGCUCAGUGUUCACUGUCACCUCUUACUGAAUCCCACCCUGUCCAAGCUUUUCUGGAGAGUUUUACCGUUUUAUCUGGCUGUGCAAGCAAAGGAACAGCAAUCCACCCUCAAGAGGUACACAUAAUAAAUUUGAAAUGUGUGGAGGAAGAAAACUGUCGGCAUGAAAACGAGGUCACGUUACAUUUGACGCCAAUAUCUGCAAUUUCAGUGCAUCAGAAGCCUCUGGUCUUCAUCCUAAACUCUCCGAUCCCCCUAAUUUGGGAUGUUAAAACAGAGGGACUUGCAGCAGGUGUACGAAGAUUUUUUUUUGUUACUCAAGGCUCCUCUGUUAAAUACGAAGCAGGACAUUUGUCCUUGUUUUCAGAAACAGUCGAAAAACAUCUUCCUCAAGGAAAUGGAGAUCUGUUACAGUGGGCCCAAGAGAAUUAUGGAGCAGUGACAUCGUUCACCGAAGCUAAAAUGUCCAAAAAUAUUUACAUCAAAGUUGGUGAAGAUCCAGUUUUUCCUCCGACAUGUAAAAUAGAAAAGAAUUUUCUUUCUCUGAAUUACCUUGCUCGUUAUCUUCAGCCUCAGCCUGCUCUGGGUUGCAAAUUAACAUCUAAUGAAAAAACGGAAGUUCACAUAAUUGAAUUAGAUGCUCCAAGCUCCAAACAAUACAGUUCAUUCCAGGUGGACAUAAUAAUUGACAUCAGACCACUUCAUUCAGGCUUCAAGCUUCCCAGAAAUCUUGUUCUUAUCCUCAAGUGCAGAAAUGCUGUCAACUGGGUUAUCAAGACACACGAUGUUGAGGGAAAUCUGGAAGUACUGGCUGGUAACACAGUCAGCUUUGGAAAAGAGGCAGAUAAGUCAUUGUCCACAAGCAAAUUAGUGAUCCCUAACAUGCCAUCGUCAAAAGCAAAUUUAAUGAAAUUGGCAUCUGAGAGGGGAUUUAGCCCUGUAACUUCCUACACAUAUGCACCAGUUGCAAAUCAAUUCCAAAUCAGGCUCUUUGAUGACAUAGAAAUGAAUGAUGAAGAUGAACAUAUUCCUCCAGAGCUAACAAUACUGCUAGAUACAGAUAAACCAUUUAUACCAGAACAAUUUAGCCCAAUAGACAGAAAGAAUGGUAAGGAGGGAGAGGCUGUACAUUCCUCGACAGACAUGUUGGAUAAAAUAAUUCACAGUCUUGGAAUUGAAGAAUUUUCUCCGGAACACAAGGAACCUGAAGAAGUUCAGGGGAAUAUAAACAUAGCCCUAUCAGUGAAAUGUGAUAACCAGAAGAUGGAGGCUUCAAUAGAAAAGGAGAGCCUACAGGCAUAUGGAUACAUAGGGACUGAGCUUUCUCUCCUCGAUCCAACAUGCCGUGCAACAGAAAAUGCCACUCAUUUUAUCUUAAAGUCCUCUUUGACUGGAUGUGGAACACAGCAUAACAUUGACGACUUAAAAAACAUUGUUUACUACAACACUAUUGUUAUACAGCUGUCACCACCCACUGAGGGAAGUGGCUGGUCUAGCGAUUACGUGGAUUUGGAAUCUGGAGAUAACGGUUUUCCAGGAGACACAGAUGAAAUUGAAAUAGGUCUUCCCUACUUGAAGAGGCCUGAAAUUGUGGUGUUCAACUGCACAGUUCCACAAGAGACCAUGUCUUCUGAAGAUGUCAUAGUGUUUGUACCUCCAGAAUCAACUAUGAGCAAUGUUACAUUUAACAUGGAUCUCUAUAAAACAGAUUUGUUCCUUACUCCUUCUCAGAAGCUCUUCUCUGUUGCCGAAAAUGGACAAGUAUAUGUGGAGGUUUCAGUAACAAAGGCGGAAAAAGACUUGGGGUUCGCUAUUCAAACAUGCUUUAUUUCACCCCACUCCAAUCCAGACAUCAUGUCAGAAUAUACAAUAAUAGAAAAUAUAUGUCCAAAAGAUGAAUCUGUGAAAUUUUACAAUGUGAAGAAAAUGAACUUACCUGUUCUUCCGGAACAAAUGGAUAAAAAGAGAUUCAGCUUCAUGUUUAAAUCUGUGUUUAAUAACUCACUGCUGUUCCUACACUGUGAGUUAACCUUGUGCACCAAUAAUGGCAAAGAGAUGGAAGGGCUGCCAAAGUGUAUUCCUCCUGAUGAAGCCUGCACUUCCCUCAAUGUUGAGAUGAUUGUGGCGAUGAUGCAGAACAAGAAGACGUUCACUAAACCAUUGGCUGUUAUUACUUCUGUAGUAAAAACUCCAGAUCCUUCCUUAAAUACAAACCGGCCAAAUGUUACUCAAGCGAUUUUCUAUGGCCUGGAUACUCCUACAGUUGUAGGGAUUGCAUUUGCUGCAUUUAUUAUUGGAGCACUAUUAACUGGAGCAUUAUGGUUCAUCUAUUCUCACACAGGUGAAAAGGCAGAAAGGCAGCAAGUCCCUACGACCCCACCGGCUUCGGAGAACAGCAGUGCAGCACACAGCAUUGGCAGCACACAAAGCACCCCCUGUUCCAGUAACAGCACUGCCUAACCCAAGUGAAGGGAAGACUGAAGAUCAACGUGAAGGGCAGGAGUUCAAAGUCACUGUUUGUUGAUAUUACAUUUCUAAGCUGGAAAGAUUUAUUUGGCUUCUUUCUUAAAGGGAAGAGAGAGAUCUCAGUGUAACAUCGCCUGAUUUUUGUUUUUUUCCUGGUUGGAUGCAGUCUUUGGACCUGUCCGAAGCUUUUCAUGCCAAAGAGUGGUUAUACUACUAAUUAUGCAGUGUGUAAACCUGCAACAUGGGUUCCUUGGCUCUCAAUGUGAAGUGUGUGCCAGUUUAAAUAAUGCUGCUUCUGUCCUUUCAACCUGCAUCUGAGCUCCAUGGCUUUGUAUACCGCUGAAAUUAGAAAAAGAACACCCAUAUGGUAUAUUCUGAAGCUGCCAUGGGCGCUCUAAUGCAGUGUCAAUAUUUAGCCACUAUAAAGCAGCACUUUCUCUAAUGGUUCUUUAUUGCUGUUUUGUUGCUCUUCAUGCAACUUUCUGUGUUUAUUUUGACCUCUUCAGCUCUAUGCAUUUCUUCCUGGACCAAUAUUGCCCAAAGUUCAGUCUCAGUAAGCAUCUGUUUAUGUAGAGUAUGAGCAACAGCUUCUCUUAAUGUGACUGUAGAGACAGGGCCACAUAGAUAAAGCUUUAAUGAGUCUGCCUGCGGCACUUGGAAAAACACUUUACUCUCCAAGUGCCUUUUCAUGAGAGAGCUUUUCCAGGUCUCUGUAGUUUUUGUUGUUAUGAUACAAUAGAGAGGCUUUGGAUCUUGUGAGGGCAGUUUUCGAGGACAGAGGCCCUGAGAUCCUCAUUGUUCUUGAGUGUGGCUGAAGUCUAUUGCUGAGCAACAGACAUUAGCCGCCUUAGCUUGUUGUGUAACCUGAUAAUGGGUUUUUAACACUACCUGUGAGAAAGAUUGAUUGAAUGUAUACAAGAACCUGGAACAGUUGGAUAAAAAUAUUAUAUUGCUUCUAGUACUUUUCCAAAAAAAAGGGAAUUGUGGAAUAGAUUAUAUUAAAGUAUCCUGCCAUGUAAGCUCUAGUAAAAGAGGGAAAGAACUCUUAUUUGUGUUUCAUUCCAAAAGUUACACUGUAUAAUGGCUGCCAGUAGCUUUUAUAUCAGAACAGAAGGUUUAGAUGCCUAACGACUCGCAAUAACUCUUUUUUAUUUACGAUACUGUUUUCUCUGUGGCCAUAAGGAAAGUAAUGUAUUAAAAGUACUGGUCUGCUAUCUAAAAUAAGAGCUUGGUAGCUUUUAAUGUCAGAAUUUCUCAUUUAUAAGGAUACUGUAGGAUUAUCUCAUCAUAUACCUUAUAUAGAAUGAUUUAAAGACUGAAGUUUAUCUCACUGGUGACCAAGAGGUAGUUGGCAGGAAUAUGCUUCUGUGGCUUCUGCAGAUUUGAUAAUACAAUGAUUUAGUUUGUGAAUCUGUGCUACUACCUAGCCAGACAAAAAACAAAACAGUAUUUUGGCUGAUGGGGCCCUGAGCUGAUCCAUCUGGAAUUUUUAUUCCUGCAACCCCUGCACUCCCUUCUUCAGUAUCUCUUUAUGAAACCACAGACUCAAAGCCCAUAGAUUAAUUACUUUUUUUAUUUGAAACCCUUCUUAUUAUGUGUAUUUCAUCUGUUCCUUAUUCUAUAUACUACCCCAUGAAUGUGUAUACAUACAAAAUAGCUUGUUAAUCAUAUAAAAUUGUAGCUGUGAUGCCCAGUGACAGUAUUAUAACUGAAUUAUUGUUAUAUAUUUAUAAUUGUGAUAUCACUUGUAUUAUAAGCUAUACUGUUUUGCCAUCUAAAACCUAUUUGUUUGAGUCAUAAGACUGAAGUGCAAUAAUACACAUCACAGCAUUCCAAUACAGACUCCUAAAUUGUCCAAAAUCCCUGUCUAUGUAUAAUAAGGUAUAAUGUGGCCAAUGGUUGAAUUCAGUGUAUAAUUUCUAAGCGUGUAUAGUGUCCUUAUCCUUUUACAUAGUUGUACAUCUUCUUGGUGAUUUUUAAUAUCCUUAUUUACAGGAUGGGUUAUACAAUCCCAUUUACUGAGUGUUAUAUGGUUUCAAAAAGAAAUAUGUGAUAAUGGAGUAGGAGAACUUAGUGGUCAGUGACAUGUACUGUGAAAUAGGCACCCCAGUUGCCAUUGCUAAGGAUUAUAGCAGGAUUGCAUCUGAUAUGCUACAACUGGAUGCAAACUGCAUAUUGGGGGAUGCUCAUUCUACUAAAACAAAUAUUAAGGAUGAUGGAGUUGCAGCUUAGCAACAAAUGCAGGCAUGCAGUCUGUCUUUUCUCUACAGCAUAGAUCAUUGGAGGCUUCCAGUGGAGGUCGUUGGUGGUAUUGCAGUACUCCUUAUGCUUCAUUCAUGAUAAGCCUGUGUACUUAUUUCAUUCACUUGCAUGAGUGGGGCUAGUAUGUUGUGAUAUAGUAUUAUAGUGGGUUUUUUGCCAUGUCUUGCUCUCUUUAACUUUGCUGCUCAACAGCAUUGUUCUCAGCUUGUGCUCAGAGUUAGGAAAGCAAAAUGUUGCUAUCAGAGACAUUAAUAACCCAUUGUUCUUCUAAAGGCCUUGCAGUAAAUCUCACUGUGCUCAUACAUACAAGUGAGUAUGGACCGCUGUAGUCCCAGCUCUUUCCCCUGUAUCUAGUAGAGAGAGGCCGAAAAGGUCACAGUCUUGGGAGCAUUAUGGAGCCCUGAGUGACACCCGAUAGGUGGAGCAGAGUUUGGCCCAUAAAUUAGAAUACUACAGUGGUGCCCCUUGGUUUUUAGCUUUGCCAAUGGUUCUAUUAGUGCCUCUGACAGGCUGAGGAAUAAUAUAAGCUACAGAACCGUAUUGUUGGACAAUCAUGCGCUUUGCCUAACCUGCAGCUGAAUGUAUUUUAUAAGCAUAUUCUUUGUACAAAAAAAAUCUUUAAAAAUGUCUUCAAAGAAGACAAGAGUCUUUACUAUUCAUAUAGCUAUAUUUUACUACAUUCUAUAUAAAAAAUAUAUUUAAAUGUUUAAGAUAAAUGUUACUCUAUAAGAUUUUUUUGUAAUGAUAAUGUCAGUUACUGUGAAUUUUAACAUCCCCUUGUAAAUCCCCUCUGCCUUAACGUCCAUCUCAUAGUUGGCAUUCUCCAAAAUCCUGAAUCCAAAUAUGGGCUGGACUGCACAUGUUUGUAAACACUUUAAAUGUAUAUGUUUGAGGAAAAAAAAUAUUUGUAUUGUAUCAAUUUACUUUAUAAAAAUAUAUGUCUAUAUUUACAGACUUAAAGAUUAAAAAAAAACAUUUCUUUAUA